ACUUGUCAAAUGUCGUGAUAGUGUUGAUAAACUUCUGUCAACUUCAGCGAUGACUUUGACUCAAUUUUACUGUUUUUGAUUUUAUACAAUUUUUAAAACAUGGAUCUAAGAGAAGAAAGUAGUGAUGUUUUUAAUCACGGACAUGUCACUCAGACUAGCUUUCCUGUGAUAAGGACCGCAGUUAAUACAUCGACUCGCAUUUGUGAUCCCAAGACUGUGAAUAACAUUCCAUCAUCUAAUCCUGACAGUAUGGUCGUUCGACAUGAACGCAGUUAUAGACGAGCUUAUAUGUCUGUAGCCAUAUUAUGUUUCAUUAAUCUUAUAAAUUAUAUGGAUCGUUAUACUCUUGCAGGGGUUUUAAAGGAUGUUAAAGAUUAUUAUCAUUUGAGUGAUACUCAGGCUGGGCUUUUACAAACAUCCUUUAUUGCAAGUUACAUGGUCAUGGCACCUAUUUUUGGAUAUUUAGGAGAUAGAUAUAGCAGAAAAUUUAUCAUGGCUGCUGGAAUUACAUUUUGGAGUGUAACUACAUUUUUAGGUUCUUGUAUACCAUCAGAGUAUUUCUGGUUGUUCAUGUUUUUGAGAGCUUUAGUUGGAACUGGUGAAGCAAGCUAUUCAACAAUAGCACCUACAGUCAUUGCAGAUUUGUUUUCCGAUUCAUCAAGAACUAGAAUGUUAUCCUUAUUCUAUUUUGCGAUUCCUGUUGGAAGUGGUUUGGGCUAUAUCGUUGGUUCUGGAGUUGCUAGUGCAUUUGGUUACUGGUAUUGGUCAUUACGGGUAACUCCACCCCUUGGAAUAUUGUCUGUGAUACUUUGUUUAACAGUACUGAUUGAACCACCUCGUGGACAAGCAGAAGGUGGUAUUUCUUCUGGUAAUAACAGUGUGUUUCAAGACAUCAUUGAAGUUGUAAAAAUACCAUCAUUUUUAUGGGUAACCUUGGGCUUUACUUGUGUGACAUUUUCUGUUGGAGCAUUGGCAUGGUGGGUACCUGAUUUCAUGACAAAUGCUCUUCAUGUGAAAGGUGAAAUCCCAGACAAAGCACAAGUUAGCUUGGUGUUUGGAGUUAUUACUUGUUUUGCUGGCAUAGCUGGUGUUGUAUUAGGUUCUUUGAGUUCUCAGUUCUAUAGAAAAUACAACCCUAGAGCUGAUCCAUUAAUUUGUGCAUAUAGCAUGAUAGCAGCUGUACCUUUGGUAUUUACUGCAUGUCUCAUUGCUGCGUCAAACACUACAUUAGCUUACGCUUUAAUAUUUUUUGGAGUUACACUUUUAUGUGUAAAUUGGGUGCUUGUUGCUGAUAUAGUUUUGUAUGUUGUUAUUCCAAGACAAAGAGCCAUGGCUGAAGCAAUUCAAAUAACAAUAUCUCAUGCUCUAGGAGAUGCAUGUAGUCCUUGGGUUAUUGGUACUAUUUCAGAUGAAAUAUCGAAGAAGUUAUCGGAUGGUGACACAAGCAUUUUUAUUGAAUUUACAAGCCAACAAUAUGCUUUAUUUGUAACAAUGUUUGUGUUAGUCAUUGGAGGUCUCUUUUUCUUCAUCAAUUCAUUUUAUGUUGCUGAGGAUAAGAAGAAAUGUUGGGAGCAAACUCAAAAUGAAAUGUCUGCUAUUCUCAUACCAAACAUAUCGGAAUAUGAAGAAUAAUAUGUAAUGAUGUAGAAAAUUAUUUGCUCAAAGUCUCAUUGUUUUUUCUUGUUUUGUUUUGUUUUUAUUUGCUCAAUUUGCACAAGCGACAUGUGAUUGUAUAUUUUGUAUAUUAGAGCGAACACACUUAAAAAAAAAGUCGGUUAGAAAUUUCAAUAUUUAUUCAAUUAUAUGAAAUUAUCACAAACCUUUUUGAGAUUAAGCUUCUGUAAAUUAAAAUUAUAAUUCACAUUAACUGUUGUAUUGAUUGUCUAUUAAGAAGAACUUGUUAUUUACUGUGCACAAAAGCAACAAUGAAUAAAUUUGAGUAUACAAUAUAACCUAUAGGUAGGGCAGCCCUAACCUGGCAGCCUUGUGAAGGCUACACAGAUCCUAAUUGCAGCAUUACAACAAUGCCAGUUUAGGUUUGUCCCAACUAUGAAUAAAACCACAUUGUGGGACAUACAUAAAUGUUUAACUAUGUAACUAUAAAAGAAUUGAAUAGCUGCAAAGAGGCUAGUCUCUACAGCAGUGGCAAUCUCAAAUACCAUAAUAUUACUCCUCCUUGUUAGCUGCCUUAUUACUGUUGACUUGCACUAGGAGUUUUUUGUACAUUAAACCUAAAACUCUAUUUGCAAUUUGGCAGCAGUUUUUUUCAGUAAUAAAGCAUGCAGCACUUUCACUACUGAUGAGAUCAGUUUCUUUACAACUAGUAUUUUAUUGUUUAAAUUGUUUAAUAGUGGUUUUAUUUUGAUCAUAAAUGGAAAAAAAAAUAUGUAUCUAUCCCACACAUACACUCAAACCUCAUUAUGAUACUUUUCCAACUAUCUGGACAUAAGAAAGACAAGGUUUUAACUGGAAUUACUCCAAAAUAUUUCAUUAAACAAGUACUAAUAAUAUAACUACAGAUUUAACAAAUUUUCAGUUUGUGAUUAAAUUAGGGAAACUUUAAAUUAUUUAACUAAAAGCUAAAAGUAUAAGAAAGUAAUGACUUGGGUUUUUUAAAAAUCUUCCUGUAAAAUAUUUUUCUAUGAGGGUUUGCUUACUUCUUGAGUUAUGCUUUAAAAUAGGAAAUGUAUGGUGUCUAAAAAGUCAAAAUUGUCUUUUUCAGCUAUGUCUCUUCCUAGAAAGAUCUUUUUCUUCACCAUUGAUGCAUUGCAGUGCUUUUGAUAUAAUUGAUUUGUCUUUUAGUUAAGAGUCAAUUUCUGAAGAUAUUCCAUAGAUUCUUCAUGUUCCCAUGCUUCAGAAAAAUGGUGGAAAUAGUCAUUUUAGCUGAUGUAAAAACUAUGUUAUCCACAUAGACAUGCAUAAGAAUAUCCAAAUACGCAUGUUUUCCAGUUUUAAAAGUUCCCUACAUAGAACAGAGUGAGGAAUAAAAUGUGAUACAUUUGAUAAAAGAUGACCUAGUUUGGAAAAACUUUCUUAAAAAAAUUUUCAAUUGCAUUUUUACACUUUCAACGUCAUUCCAACUUUUAUGGAUGUGUUUAUUGGUAUCUAAACAAGUUGGACAAAAAUCACAGCCAUCAUCAAUUGCUGUGAAUCAAUUCCAGACUUCUAACAUGAUUUAUCUUAAAAUUCAAAAUAACAUCUUAUCUAAGAAUUGCAAACAGACAAUACACAUGGUUUUCAAACGUAUCUUUCUUCCUUCUGCUUUCAAAACCACCCCUUAUGUUCAUUGUUGUUAGCUUUUGAGGGGGUGCGAAUAUACUUGGAUUCAUGGGGCCAAUAACAAGUCUCGUAUUGGUUGUCUGAAAUUUCUUCUAUAAGCUUGUUCUGUUUUUUUUUUUUUUUUUGAACUUUUUAUUUUACUAAACUAAUUUCAGUUGUGAUGAAACAUUGAAUCCUAUUUAAACAGAUUAGUGUUGUGAUAAGCAUAUUGUCACUUCAAAAUUCUGUCUGGAAAUCUACAGCCACUAAACAUAAAAUAUUGUCAUAAAUUCAGGACUUUAGAAAAGUAACAUAGCAUGUGGAUGCCUUCACAGCAGGUUUGACUGUAUGUGUGUGUAAAUUACUUAUGUACAGUUUAAAAAUUUUGUUACAAUAACCAAGUUUGAUAUUGGAAAUUUUAUCUCCUUGAAAAAUGGUAGAAAAUAUAUUUAAAAAUGUUUUUGAAACGUUUUUAACAGUUUAGUUUUUUAAUGUUUAUUGCUUAGAAAUAUUAUGUGGUUCAUUAUUGAUGCAUUUUAUGCAAUAUGUUUCUAUCAGUGUUAAAUAUGCCAGAUGCAUAAAUUGUUUUGUAUUGCCCAUCUAUUUAUGAUACUUGAAUGGUGCAUUAAUAGUUAUUUUAAGGUUUUUUAUGAAACACUUUAACUUUUAUAUUACAAUUGAGGCCCCUAGUUUCAAAACCAGAUACUUGUAGGAGCGGACAAGCGCUCAACUUGUAAAAAGUCUGGUUUUGAAACUGAGGCAGACCUUCCUGCCCCAUUUCAAGGGGGAAAGAAGCGGUUUUUGAACCUAAUAUUGAGCAGGCAAAUAGGCCUUAUGAUUCUCUACAAGAUUAACAAAAAAAAAAAGAAAAAGAAAA